GCAAUUAAGCUGAAAUUUUUAAACAAUGUUGGUAUUUUGUGGUUUUUAUUGAAGAAAAUAGUUAAAUAAUAGUGAAAGUGGCAAACAUUGAGUGUCUGGUUUCUUAAACAAAAAUUAUUCAUGUGAAGGAUUUUUUUUGUAAAUGUGUUUGUGUGUCACAAUAAGUGACAGAUAAUUGAUAAACACUUCUAUAAACAUUUAUGCAGCCAAUUUUACCAUGGUUAACAUGUUCAAAACUCCAUUAUGGUUUACUCAGGACAAAAGUUAUUUGUUAUCACACUAGCUGUUGUACUUUCAAUUGCAGCAUCAGUCGAAGCAAGACCACAAUAUUAUGAAACAAAUGUCAAUGAAAUUGAACACAUCCAACCCGGCCAGACAUACAACCCAUACUAUGCAUAUCAAGCACUUAAUCGAUACCCCGAUAGUCAAUAUGAAAAACUGAGAUUGUUUUUGGAUGCCCCACAGGACCUCAAGGACGAUGCAAUUUCAGGAGGAGCUGCGGAAAACCUUUUACGAGAGCCUAUGACUAAACGACAAGCAGUACGAUACAGGCAAUGCUACUUCAAUCCAAUUUCGUGUUUCAGGAAAUAAAUUUUCGUUUAACACGUUUUGCCCAAAGUUAAAAA